UCUAUACUUUACUGAUUAUUAAUUAAUCAUAACAUAUCCUUUUGGAUUCUUCAUCCAUUUGCUUUGAAACCAUUCGGUUGAUUAUAUCGAGUUAUUUGGUGUGCAAGUUGAUUUGUGCGAUAUUUCCAGUAUCUUCGUUUGGAGUGAAAAUCGUCACUGUAAGUACAAUGUAAUAUUUCUUGCUUGCAUCAUUUAUGUCUGGUUUUAUAUUCUCUUGUGAUCAUCUAAUGUAUGUGAACUUGCUAAAUCAAUGACGUAAUGCAAAGAGAACAUCAUUCUGCAGCAGCAAUAGACCGAAGUAAUGUUUUCUUAAUUAACAUUCAUGGCAAUAAUAAUGCAAAAAUAUUCCAUGCAACUGUUAAAUGUUAAAAUGAUUGUCAAAGUUCCAUGCAGUAUUUUUUCGAUUCCUAUGUAUUGUAGCCUAAUACACCAUUGUAAUCACCGGAUAUUGAAAUGAACACAGUUUACUCUCAUGUUUCGGUACCAGACACAAAGGACAGAGAUGGUGUUCUACAGGGAGAGAGAGAACGGGACACGCGAGCGGCCACCGCUGUCUCUCAUCCUACCGCAUCUUUACCUAGGUGCAGAGACUGAUGUUACGCAGGUAAUAAUGUUUUCAUUCAGUAGGACAGUCUCUAGAAUUGAUAGCCUAGCUCUCGUCAUUGGCCAAAGCGUUGUAUUUUGACAAUGCACCGAAAAUGCAGCUCUUCCAGAAGACUAGAACUUAUUAAUAUUGCCUGUUCUCUGUCUCUCGUUUCCCGGUACUCUCCUACUCGGCUGCAGGAUUGCCUCGGCGCCCGCGGGAUCUCCUACGUGCUAAGCGUGAGCCGCUGCAGCCCGCAGCCUACUUUCCUUCCCCGUUCCCAGUACCUUCGCAUCCCCAUCGAUGACUCUCUCCGAGACGACCUGCUGCCCCAUAUCCCGGAGGCACUGCGUUUUAUUGGUGAGAAUAAUGAUGAGAUCGGGUUAGUUACGUGUCAAAUGGAUGGCACCCUAUUCCCCAUAUAGUGCCACUGCACUAUUUUCGACAAGACAAGAGAGUUAGUGCACUCUAAGGGGAAUAUAGGCUUCAUUGGAGAUUUGACCAGGGCAAAUCCUGAAGGUUAGGUAAUAGGACAUUUCUGCAUGUCAUCGUUAUGCUAUAGUCUGCAUCAUCAUGGAUGCAUAAACACUGGCGUCUGUCUGUCUGGAAGAAACACAGAUGACUCAGUUCAAGUGAUGAGCAGUUAUUGAUCAGGGUUUCAUGCAGGCCAGUUAUGCUCCUAUGGUUUCAGAAAUAUUGAAUGCUGUCACAGCCCGUUCAGUACCACAGACAAUUGAUUCAAGUCUACUGUUGCAGGAAGCCCAUUCAUGACACUUGGUAGAAGCUGUGUGUCCUUUGCACAGUUUGCAGUCUGGCUCAAGUGAUGUCAUGCGAUACAGUAUGGAUGAUUUCAAAUAAACAAUUGACUUAUCUAUAUCUUCUCUCUGUCUCAGAUGGGGCUAUGUCAUCAGGUGGAUCUGUGUUAGUUCAUUGUGCUGCAGGAAUCUCUCGCUCCCCUGCCCUGGCUGUGGCCUACAUUAUGUACAACCUGGGGAUGGACCUUGACCAUGCCUACAGGUGUGUUUGUCUGUGCUGUGUGUGUGUGUGUAUGUAUUAAUGCAUUAUAAUGAUUGUGUGUGUGUGUGUGUGUGUGUGUGUGUGUGGGCAUAUAAAGCAUCCACAUCUAAUCUUGUCUGUUCCUCACUUUCAGGUUUGUGAAAGAGCGCAGGCCUUCAAUCUCCCCAAACUUCAAUUUUCUGGGGCAGCUACAACACUUCCAGGGAACCCUGGCUCAGAAGGCCUCUAAUGGCAACCCCACUAUCCAGCCAAUCAGAUCACUGGACACAUGCCUGCAGUCAAGCAAUGAAAACAUUAGCCGCGGUUCCUCUGUCCCCCUGUCAGCCAAUCAGAUCAUGAAUAUUCAGGACAAUGGCUAUGUUGCUAAGGACUUUUUAGAGGUUGCUAAAGUGCAUAAUAUGUACAAUGAGAAUUCCACUUGUAAGACAGAGAACAUAGAGCAAAGGUGCUCGUAUUCAGGUGAAACUCAGAGUCUAUCAGAGAAGCCACAGCAAGACCAGAGGAGCGUGCCGUCACAACGGACGCUGUCUCUCUCCAGCAAACUCAGAACGCUCACUCUCAACCUGAACCAUAACCACAACCAGAACCAGAGGGAGGCCCAGAGCCCGUGUGGAGCAAUGACUCCAAGCCCCAACGAAUCAGCGACACCAACACCAAAGCCCAACACACUACAAAUCCCAACAGGUAUUGUGUCUCUCUAUGAGAAGCGCAAGAGCCUCACCCUCUCCCUGUCUCCCGUUGGUGCAAUUCCCCCGACUCCCCACCAGAAUGAGCCAGAAAGCACUAACAGGCACAGCAUUAGCCAUAAGCCAAUAUGCUCCAGCACUUCCAACACCAUCCACAAGAGGGAGUUAGAAGGCACCAGUGGUUCAAAAAGGCACGGUAGAACCCCUUCGACGGUGGCCCUUUCCUCCUCACAGACAGAUGUACAACAGAGAGAGAGGAGCACAUCCUGCGUCAAAGCAGCAGGUCAGCCCAAUCGCUGCUCCUCCCGAACCCAGGGGAAGGGUGCGAGAGAGGGAAGAGGCCAGGGUAAAAGAGAGCCCAGCCGCUGUCAGAGCGUGGAGAAGGGGAGGUCUAACUCGACUCCAAAGACAGGGAAGGACCACAGCAAGGGAAGAGCAGAGAGGGAGACACUAACUGGGAGCCUGAGCAGCAGUUCUGUUUUGAACCAGCACAGUAUCGUAGUUGACCAGCAGGUGUCACCAGCAGCUAAGCUGUCUGCAUCUGCAGUGGCGGCUGAGGAAGGUGUAGAUGCUGAACAGGGCCUCCUGUCUCCUCUCAACCUGACUGUCAACAAGCUGCUGGGCUGGGGAGAGAAGAUGCUGAUGGGGGUGCUGCUCAGCCCCCGGUUCAAAGUGAGACAGGCUGUUCUGCCCUAUAGGUGCUGA